AUGAAGGCAAAUUCUGAACACGUUGUAGGGCAAACUCCUACUGCUCCACCACCUACUGUUGCAGCUAUACCCCAUCAUCCGGCCGUUCUAUCUAACGAAGAAUUCGAAAAUUUAAAACGUAGUAUUCAAUUAUUGAGAAUUGAGCAAAUCCGAUAUAUUGUACAGAAGUACAACCUUCCAGCAAAUGGAAACAAAACAAAAUUGCUCCAUUUGAUUUUAACAAUUAUCGAAACUUUGCGCGCAACUCCUCUUCUGGUUCAAAUAAGUGCUGAAGUAUCACGCCUUUUGGCUCAACAACAUGAGCCUUUUGCAAAUCCACUUGAAACAACGCAUAAAAUCGAAAAAUAUAAAAUUCAAGGUCCUGUUAUUACCCCAUCAAAUCCAUUUUAUCAAAUAAUAGAUGGUCAACCUCGUUUAGGACCUCUAAUUGCUUCUGCAGGUACAUCUACAUUAUCUGCUCAUCAAAUCAAAAUCCCAGAAGAUGUUAAUAUACUACUUGAGUUUUCUUGGCUUAAUGCGCCACCCGUUCCAUUUGAUUUAGUAAUGGAAGUUAAUGGUAACCAAGUUAUUGUUUCAGCUGAUGAUCCAAAACCAGGCGCCCUCGAUUUAACUUCAUACAUUGGACCCACCAGAACUCUUUUAUUUGCCAUAGAUAGUAUUAAGACACCUGUUCCUGUUAUUAUGGCUAUCCGCGAUUUCAAAUUAGUUACAAUAAAGGAAAUUGCAGAAAAACUUGCUGUUGAGCAAAAGAUUAAUGCACCAGCUCAAAAUCUCAAUGCCAAAGGAAAGGGCUGCUCUCAUGCACAAACAUUUCCACUUGUUAAUUUCUUAUCAUCAUUUUAUUCAACAGGAAAAUUCAAAUGUCCUGUAUGCAAUCAAAAUGUUGAGUUAGAGGGUAUUCAAAUUAGCAGUUCUAAUAAGGCUUAA